AUGGCGGACUGGGCGAAGCUCAAGGUCGUCGACCUCAAGGCGGAGCUGAAGCGGCGAGAUCUUCCUCAGGGAGGAUUGAAGGCAGAGCUGGUGGCGCGACUGCAGGAGGCGGACCAGGCAGCGACAGAGCCAGAAACGGAAGAGCAAGCAGAAGAGGCGGUUGAAGAAGCGCCAGCCGAGCCGUCGCAGACUGUCAAUGGUGACGACAGCAAAAUUGAACAACCUCAGGAGGAAGCUAAGGGCGAAGAGGCCGUUAAAGAGAAUGCGCCAGUAGUGGAACUUGCGCCUGAGCCGACAAACGAGCCGGAACACUCAGAAGCACCAGCAGUGCCACAGCAAACGGCGUCGCCUCAAGCUCCAGAGUCAAAACCAGAGCCAUCUCCAGCUGCAAAAACAGAGGACACCACGCAACCACAAACCGCCGAGACGCGAUCCGAAUCAAGUAUCCCUCCCCGUGAUUCACAAACCGCAGAUGGCGACACCCCAAUGAAUCAAGAACCCUUUCGAGACUCCACCGCCGAAGCGCAAAAGCGCAAACGCCGCUCCGCCAGCCCAACCCCCAAAGAAGAGGACAUUGCCAGAAAACGGGCGAGGGCAGAGAACGAGCUUCCCCCAAAACCACUUCACGCCAGCGAUUUCAAGAAGGAAAUUCACGAUGCACCAGCGCCAGAAGUAGACUACGACCGUCACGUCGAGCCGUCAGUCCACCCGGCCACUUCAGCGCUCUGCAUCAACAACCUGAUGCGGCCGCUUCGACCGGCUGAUCUCCGAGCACACAUUGCCACUCUCGCUUCGGCACCUGGCACGAAUUCCACAGACGACCUCGUCACCAAAUUCUACCUCGACUUCAUCCGCACGCAUGCCUUUGUUGCGCUAGACUCCGUGUCAGCUGCCUCGCGUGUCCGGCAGCUGCUGCACGGCCGUGUAUGGCCGAAUGAGAGCAACCGCAAGCCCUUAUCCAUCGACUUCAUACCACCCGAGAAAAUAGACACCUGGAUCGACAUGGAAGAAGAAGGCGGGAGAAGACCCGGUCACCGGUGGGAAGUCGUCUAUUCACCCACCGCAGACGGAAGCACAAUCGAGGCAAACCUCGUCUCAAAUUCCAUCUCCUCAACUAGUAACCGUCCUCCACCGACAAAACCCUCGUCCAUACCCGCAGACAGUAUCAACAACGCCCCCCUCGGACCCAGAGGCAACUUUGGCGAUACUGCUCCGCCAACUGGUCCCCGUGGUCCUCGACGCCCUCAACCACCACCACCUGCCACUCCAUCUGGCGAGUCGCUAUUCACACGUACCCGUCCCAGCGUAGCGUACCGCCUCGUAUCAGAGGAUCUCGCACGCCGACGUGUUGAAAACAUGCGCAAUUUCUACACCCGCGAUCUGAGCCGAGAUGUAGGCCGCGAAAUCAACAGAUACUCCUUCGAAGAUGGUGACUCUUUCGUAGACCGAGGUCGAGAAAUAUUCGAGGGAAUUCGUCCACCUCAUCGAGAAAGAGGUGGUCGUGGCGGAGGACGAGGCAGAGGCGGUGGGAGAUCCAGGGGAGGUGGUUUCCGACCCAGAAGUGAUCGGUAUAUUCCCGGUGGUGCGGGUAGAGAUGACGCUGAUCGACGUCGGUUUUAG